AUUUUUGCUGUAAAUUUCAAUUGAAUUGUAUGCAAUAGAACAAACGUUGCUGCUCAGCUCACUCCACACAACUGAUUGUGAAGAACAUUUGAAAGCAAACGAAUUGAAAGAUAUAGAACAACAAACCCUUAAAGACCAUUUCUACCUAAAGUGCAAUAAACGAAAGUUAACUUUUGAAACUGUUUUCUAAGACUUACAACCACCAUCAGCAACAGUGACACACCGCCGAUUCGUCAGCCAAUCAGCCUAAACAACAAACGACAACGACGAAAGAUUAUAUUUUUGCAUUGUAUAUUAGCAGCCAUCAACCCAACCAACAUCAAUACACCACCCCCACCACUUUUGUGAGGAGAAAAGUAAUUGUAUAAACCACAACUAGUCUAGCAGUCGCGUUAAACAAACGAAAGCAAUAUGUUCGCAUUGUGGUACCUAUCAUUGGCGGUCGACGAGAUGCGCAAACGUUUUAGUUGGUCCUUCUUUGAUAUUUUUUAUACCAGUAAUAAGACUGUUCAAACAAACAAGGCCUUAGAUAAUAAACCCGCCAAUAAUUCGACAUCGACACAAAAGCCGACUGAACCCAGCAGUUCCCGAACACCACAACCUUCAGCACCUUCCAAACCUGCAGAAGUUAAGCCGGCUCCAGCUCCACCAGCACCUACUAAACCUGCUCCAGCAGUUCCAGCUCCAAAGCCAGCAGAAGUUAAACCAGCUCCAGCACCCGCACCUGCACCUGCUCCAGCUCCAAAACCCGCUGAAGUUAAACCAACUCCAGCACCUGCUUCUAAACCAGCAGAAGUAAAACCAGCUCCAGCUCCAGCACCUGCUCCAGCUCCAGCUCCUCCAAAACCUGCUUCAGUAUCACCUCCUAAAACCUCUUCGCCCGCACAAUUCGAUACUCCAUUAGCUCCUCUUAAAACAGCCGACAAAAUGCCUGUUCCAAUUGCUGUACCCAAUCGUUCGGCUCAAGCCGAAAAUGGCACCAAUGGCACCAUGCAAGAUGCCCUUGACAAGAAACUACAAGAGGCCUCAGCGCUCAAGGAGAAUGGCGAGAACAUUAGAAAUAAUCUGAAAACUGCCACUUCGGACUUCCUAAGUGGCGAGGCUAUGACCACAUCGCCCAUGAAAAUGAGAAAAAUGGCAGAAGGCAAAGAAGACACCAUGGUUGAUGCUGCUGUUCUUACCAAAUUGGAAGAAGGUUUCGCCAAGUUGGCUGCCUCCGACUCCAAGUCUUUGUUGAAGAAGUACUUGACCAAGGAAGUCUUCGAUAACCUAAAGAACAAGAAGACCCCCACUUUCGGCUCCACCUUGUUGGAUUGCAUCCAAUCUGGUUUGGAAAACCACGAUUCCGGUGUCGGUAUCUAUGCUCCCGAUGCUGAAGCCUACACAGUAUUCGCUGACUUGUUCGACCCCGUCAUUGAAGAUUACCAUGGUGGAUUCAAGAAGACCGACAAGCACCCUGCCAGCAACUUCGGUGAUGUUGAUAGCUUCGCCAACUUGGACCCCAACAAUGAAUUCGUCAUCUCCACCCGUGUCCGUUGCGGUCGCUCCAUGCAAGGUUAUCCCUUCAACCCCUGCUUGACUGAAGCCCAAUACAAGGAGAUGGAACAGAAGGUCUCCACCACCUUGUCCGGUUUGGAAGGUGAAUUGAAGGGUAAAUUCUACCCCUUGACUGGCAUGGACAAGGCUGUUCAACAACAAUUGAUCGAUGAUCACUUCUUGUUCAAGGAAGGUGAUCGUUUCUUGCAAACUGCCAAUGCCUGCCGCUACUGGCCCUCUGGCCGUGGUAUCUACCACAAUGACAACAAGACCUUCUUGGUCUGGUGCAAUGAGGAAGAUCAUUUGCGUAUCAUCUCCAUGCAAAUGGGCGGUGAUUUGGGCCAAGUCUACAAGCGUUUGGUAACCGCUGUUAAUGACAUUGAAAAGCGCAUUCCCUUCAGCCACGACGACCGUUUGGGCUUCUUGACCUUCUGCCCCACCAACUUGGGCACCACCAUCCGUGCCUCCGUGCACAUUAAGGUACCCAAAUUGGGCGCCAACUUGGCUAAAUUGGAAGAAAUCGCCGGCAAAUACAACUUGCAAGUCCGCGGUACCCGUGGUGAACACACCGAAGCCGAAGGUGGCAUCUACGAUAUCUCCAACAAGCGCCGCAUGGGUCUCACCGAAUACCAAGCCGUCAAGGAAAUGUACGAUGGUAUUGCUGAACUCAUCAAGAUUGAAAAGAGCAUGUAAGGUGUUACACCACUCUCCCCGCACCUGUAGAGCUUACGGCUAAGCCUAAAAUCUCUGUAGCCGCUAGAUAACAACGUUCUAGGUGGCAGCAAUCUCAAGCAGAAAACAAAAUCCCCCUCUAUAUAUUUUACACAAUUCCCUCGUUAGCUGUUGGAACUCGUUGCCUCUGUGUGCUAUUAUUUAGCAUUUUUACUUUUUUUCUUUCAACUUCACUUUUGUUUCUUAAUUUAUAAUAGAAUAUUUUGUGUUUCAUUUGUCGUCGUGUCAUCAUCUCGCGUAUGUUUUGUAAAAACAAACUAAAAAAAACACACCCACACACACACUUGUGACACACCUCAACGAGUUUCAUAGGCCGCCGCCCCUUAUCCAACAUCCAAACACCCAAGGACGACGAGGGUCAUUGUUCUGUGUUCUCUUAAAAUGAACAACAUCCACAUAGAAGCCACCAACCAAUUUGUUUAAGUUUUAAGCAAUUUAUUUUUGUUUAAUUUUUAUUUAUUAAAAUAAAAUAAUUUACUUUAAAACAAACAUCAACAACAACAACUUUGAGUUAAACAAAUAGGAAGAAUGCAAAAUGAGAAGAGAAUAUUUGUAUCAACAGCAACAAAUAUGAAAAAGAAACACAUAGAACUUCAAAAUCAACAACUUUAAGUAAAAUCCUAAACAAACAAACAAAAAAAAACAUCUAAUGAACACAAAAUAUUUUUAAUUUUAAGUCUUAAGUUUAUAAAAAGAAUUAAUUAUUAAAAAUAAUAAAAAAACAAAACAAAAACAAAA